AUGUCCAAAUCUCCCUCCCCACCCCCAAACCCAACAAACGAACCCACCCUCCCAAUCCUCACCAACCACUGCCGUUUCUGCAACCACCUCCUCCUCGCAACAACACAAACAGUAUCAUCUCUCACACGACGAAAAGAGCCCGCCCGCGAUGGCGCCCUGAUUCUCCCUCUACCGUCCCCGCGCACGCAACCCACUGAAACAGAUCCAUCGAACGUGAAAGAGCAAGGGCAAGAAGCUGGGUCAGAGAGCCCGGUUCAACAACAUUAUUCGAUUCUCUUGUCGACGGCGAUGCCGGAUCGCAGGGCGACGAUGGUGCGACGGGAAGAUGGGUUCGAGAAGAGGUGGUUUCUACGUUGUGGGCGGUGUCGGGUGGUGGUGGGGUACUUUUUAGACGCGGUGCAUUUUCCCAAUGCGACUGCGGCAGGGAAAGAGCCGGAUGGGGAGGAUGAGGAUGAGGAGGCGGAGAGAGCUAAGGUGGUUUAUCUAUUGCCUGGGGCGUUGGUCGAGACGGACGAUAUGGGCGAUCCCGAGAAGAUGAAGGCGAUCGAUCGAGAGUGGUCGGGCUGGUUGCCCUAG